AUGUUGGAUGAUGAAGAUGACCAAAGCUUUCACGCUACGCGUGACGGCUACUCCCAUUUGAGCGAUGUCGAAUGGGAUGCGGUUGAACGAAUGGGUUCGACCAUGGGCAUCCAUGCUGUUAGCGUCAUGCUAGAGGCUCUCAAUAGAGAUGCCCAACAUGCUACUAUCACCAAGCUCAUUCAAAAUGAACUUGACGCUGAACGCGAGAAAUUUGAACUGUUGAGACAGCAGCAGGCUGCUGCUGGUGGGUCGAUGCACUCGCGUCGACCCGAAACCUUGAAGAUUGACAUCUCCAAGUAUAGGGGAGUCGAAGAGGACUCCCUCUUGAGAUGGUUCGUCGAAUUGGAUGACGCCAUAAGGGCGCGUCGCAUCGACGACGGGGAUAUGCAAGUUGCAUUUGCCCAGUCAAAUCUGGCAGGACGUGCCAAGACUUGGGCACUGGGGCUCAAGUUGCACGACCCAUAUGCGUUUGGGUCGUUGGAAGUCUUCAAGUCGCGGCUCAGACAAACGUUUGAACCGCCUAGAGCUGAUUUCAGAGCUCACACUGAACUCUUAAAGCUCAAGCAGGGUAAGCGUGAUGUGCACGCUUACGCUCAACAAAUACGACAUCUUACGAGUUGUAUAAGUUCCAAUCCGGUGGAUGAACACACGUUGGUUUCGGUGUUCAUGCAGGGUCUUGCGGAUGGUCCCGUCAAGACUCACCUGUUCCGGCUUGAACUAGAUUCACUAGAACAAGCCAUUUCCAUUGCGGAACAGGAAGACUUCAGUCUGAGACAGGCCCGCGCCAGCUCGACAUCAUAUCGUCAACCGAGACGAUAUGACAGCGAAGGUCCAGAGCCGAUGGAACUCUGUUAUGUAGAGAGCGAGAAGGCUCGCUCUACAGACUACAAGAAGUUGCAGAGAUGCAACAGAUGUCAAAAGACAGGACACUACGCUUACGAGUGUAGUGCCCCUCGUCCAGUGUCUCGCGACACUGGGCGUAGUGACCGUCCACCCAUGAGAAAGGGGCAGGGACGAGGGUCCGCAGUUGGUGCAAAGACGCAACAACGGGAUGGACCGUCAAAAAACGGACAGGAUCAGUAG